CAGUCGGAUGCAGAGCUCCGGGGUGAUUCGUUUGACUUCCGUGUCUGACGACGGGAUACGAUUUAUUUUUUGUUUAAAUAAAAGUUUUGGGCAAAACUCGUUUAAUUGGAGUAAAAGAAAGGGGUUCUGCGUGCGAGCGCAUGGAAACGAGCGUCUCCGGAGCCUCAGGACGAGUCAGACUCGAGGAUCGAUCUUGAGGAGCGCUGAGGAACUCACACUAAAGACAAAACAAACUUUUUAAAUCUGCGAAUCUCAGGAUCUUUUCUCGUGUCAGUUUUUUCCCGUCGUCUCCACAGCGAUUUACAAAUGGCGUGUUGUCUGAAGGACGAGCUUCUGUGUUCCAUCUGCCUGAGCAUCUACCAAGACCCGGUGAGCUUCGGGUGCGAGCACUACUUCUGCCGUAAAUGCAUCAUGGAGCACUGGAGCAGGCAGGAGCACCACGGCACGCGCGACUGCCCCGAGUGCAGGAGGACCUUCACUGACCCUCUGCUCUCGCCCAGCCUCAAGCUCUCCAACAUCGUGGAGAGAUACUCGGCCUUCCCGCUCGACGCCAUCCUCAACGCCCAGAGGAACACGUACCCCUGCAAGGACCACGAGAAGGUCAAGCUGUUCUGCCUCAGCGACAAGAGCCUGGUGUGCUUCUUCUGCGACGAGCCCGCCUUGCACGAGCAGCACCAGGUCACCACCAUUGACGAGGCGUAUGAGGAGAUACAGAGGGAGAUGAAAGAACAGCUGACUGCUUUGCAGGACAGUGAGAGAGGACACACGGAGGCUUUACAGCUGCUGCAGAGGCAGCUCACCGAGACAAAGUCGUCAGCUAAAAGCCUACGAGCGACGAUCGGCGAGGCGUUCGAGCGUCUGCACCGGUUCCUGCGCGAGCGUCAGAAGAGCAUGCUGGAGGAGCUGGAGGCCGAUACGGCCCGCACCCUGUCCGACAUCGAGCACAAGAUCCAGCGCUACAGCCAGCAGCUCCACGACGUUAAGGAUGGCAUCCAGAUCCUGCAGGAGAGGCUCAGCGAAACCGGACGCCACGAGUUCCUGGAAGGCGUAGCCCUUACGGCCGAAAGAGAGCAAGUGAUUCGUGGAAGGUAUUGCUGGUGGAAGAUACCAAGAAUAAAAGGCAAAAUACACGAAACCAACCUCACCUACGAAGAUUUCCCCACGUCUAAAUACAUGGGUCCGUUACAGUACACCAUCUGGAAGUCUCUGUUCCAGGAUAUCUCUCCAGUGCCUGCAGCUUUGACCCUGGAUCCGUUGACGGCCCACCAGCGGUUGAUUCUUUCUGACGACUGCACCAUCGUGGCGUACGGGAACCUGCACCCACAGCCUCUGCAGGACUCGCCGCGCCGCUUCGACGUGGAGGUGUCUGUGCUGGGGGCCGAGGGCUUCUGCUCGGGGGUGCACUACUGGGAGGUGAUGGUCUCAGAGAAGACCCAGUGGAUGAUCGGCGUGGCCAACGAGACGGUCAGCCGCAAGGGCAGCAUCCAGAUCAGCCCGAGCCGCGGCUUCUACUGCAUCGUGAUGCACGACGGAAACCAGUACAGCGCCUGCACCGAACCCUGGACCCGCCUGAACGUCAAGAGCAAGCUGGAGAAAGUGGGCGUCUACCUGGACUACCCCAAAGGCCUGCUGGUCUUCUACAACGCCGACGACAUGUCCUGGCUCUACACGUACCGAGAGAAGUUCCCCGUCAAGCUUUUCCCCUACUUUAGCCCUGGCCAGAGUCACGCCAACGGGAAGAACGUGCAGCCGCUACGCAUCAACACCGUCCGACUAUAGUCCGAUUUACACGUCUGACUCCACCGGCAGUCUGCAAAAGACCUAUAGUGUUUCAUUCUUCUUGUGCGAGUGUGUGUGUGUGCGUGCGUGCGCUAGGGGUGCGUGUUGAAGUUCUGGAAGUUCAGAUGUGCUUUACAGCAACGUGACCUCGAAUAUCCUGUUCACCUCCAGUGGCCGAGUUCUCUCUACUUUCUGAUGUCCCUCUGUCCUGAUGUCCCUCUGUCCUGAUGUCCCAAUGUCAGCUUUCUGUACAU